GGUAAUAUUCCUUCAGUUGUUUACAGGUAGUCACUUCAUUCUGCUGAAGUGGAGACAAGGUCUGGGAGCUAAGAGAGCUAGUAUUGUGCAAAGACUUUGCAUUGGUCUUAUUUAUCCUUUGGAAAAAUGCAAUUGUUUCACCAGCAUUUGGACUAUACUAAACUACAUAACUUCUGAAAAAAAAAUGUCUUGACUUGGAGACAAAAUCGCAAUGUUGAUUUAAUGAAAAGUAAGGUUGAAGCCAUUGGUGACAAACUGGAUGCACUGAUAGCCACACAGUAAGAAACAAAGUCUUAUGGUCUUGCUCAGUUCUUGAAGAAAACUACUUUUUAUUGGUUGGAAAAGCCAAACCAAAAAUAUGGUACAGUUUGGUGGAGAUUAAGAUUUGGGACAAUUUGGCAUGAGCAACUUCAAUCUUGGCAAUCUGUUCUUUGCUUCCCCCCCUCCCCCCUGACAAAGUUGGGUGUCCUGAAUCUAACAAUUUUGAACAAUCUUAAUCAGGGUAGAAUGGGGGAAUGUAAUUUUGGAAAUUCCAAAAUAACUUGCUCUAGGUGCAAAACAAGGACAAGCAUAAAGGAGUGGGUAUGAAAUGUUACUGAAGGGUUCUUGUACCAGCACUGAGCUAAUAAACAGUACUAUGUGCACUUUGGACAAAAUCUUAGCUGGGGACAGACAUAUCCAGAAAAAAUUUUCAUCAUGGAAUAAGUAAGCUUAAUGAAAAAUGUUUUGUAAGUAUACCAUGUUAUAUUAUGUUAUGCAGACAGAGUCUCAGAUGAAAUUCAUCAGAUGAAAGGUCCGCUUGAAAAACUUAGUGACGAGUUGGAAGCCUUAAUGUUACAACAUGGAGAAACAAAGAGUCGAGAAAACAUCAGGAGUCGCUUUGAACAGCUGAGAGCUAAAAUUGGAGAAUUAAGUGAAUAUUUAGCCUCUUUGAAGACAGAACAAGGAGAUACAAAGGAUGAAGCAGCACCAUCAUUUCCUUCUACAAAGGGGACAACCAACUAUGCUCGACUGUGUCGUCUUCUGGUGGAUUUUGGGUCCCAGGUCUUGAGAGACAGUUUUGAUGCCAUACACCCUCCAGUAGGACUUCAAUCAAUUUUGACGCGUCACCCAAUGCGUGCAACACUGCUGACUCUACGGACGAGAGUCCUGAAUCCUAUACAAUGGGGAAAGUUGUAUCCAAGUGUUCCAUCAUCUGUUUCAUCAGCAAACUUUGAUUUUUUCUUACUAUUGAUUCUAUUGAGGAAUAUCUGUGGGUUGACUCCUCCCGCGACUGGAUGGGACAGUCUCCCACUUGCCACAGAUGUUAGCAAAGAAGCCAACAUAGCCAGGCUAAAGUACUACCGUAAUGUUGUGUAUGGCCGUGCCAGCCAAGCCUCUGUGGAUGAUGCAACAUUUAACAUCUACUGGCAGGAUAUCAGUGAUGCUAUAAUAGGUCUGGGAGGAGCAAGUUAUGAAUCUGGUAUCAGUAAGCUUAAGAAUGAGUGUAUGGACCCACUCAUUAAAGUCAAAAUGAAAGAAAGGAUGCGAGAUACUCAAG